UUGGAGAUUUGCCAGUGUCCUUCCCCGACGACCCUUUCGGCCAGUGUCGAUUGCUUAUCCCGAACGAGCCAAAACGGCAACUCAAACGACUUGGCUGUGGAGCUGACAAAUGUGGCACUUCCGAUAAAAGCAUCGUCCAGCCGAGCCGCCUUCCGCUAGAUGAUGCGCACUGCAUUCCCGUGUUUGAGAGCUAGAUUUUUGCGCGCCAAUCAUAGAAGGGUUCUGGGAGUUGCAGGUGUUUUCACCAACCGACGGUUCUGUGCGACAAUGGCAUCCGCCGGUAGCCAAGAAUCGCAGACCGGCGCCGAUGCCGGGGCUGCGCGGAAGAGGCAGGCCGCGGCAGCAAAGCCGGCAAAGAAGGAGAUCAAAAUACUAAUGCUUCAUGGCUUCACCCAGUCGGGCGCGCUCUUCCACGCCAAGACGCGCGCGCUGGAGAAGCUGCUGGUCAAGACGCUGGCGCCCUGGAACCUGCUGCCGACGCUGCACUACCCCACGGGGCCGAACCGGCUGCUGGCCUCGGACAUGCCGGGCUUCUCGGGCGACGGCGCCGACGACGACCCGCGCGCGCAGGACUCGUGGGCCUGGUUCCGGCGCGACGACGCCUCGGGCUCGUACCGCCUGCUGCCCGAGGGCAUGCGCGCCGUCGCGGCCGCCGUCCGGGCCGCGGGCGGCGGCGUCGACGGCGUGCUGGGCUUCAGCCAGGGCGGCGUCGUGGCCGCCAUGGUGGCGGGGGCGCUGGAGCCGGACCGGGCCGUGCCGGACACGGACGACGACAAGAACGACUGGGGCUGGGUCCGGGAGCUGCGCGAGGCCAACGCGGGCCGGCCGCUCCGGUUCGCCGUCGUCUACAGCGGCUUCCUGGCCACGCCGCCCGAGCUGGCCUGGCUGACCGAGCCGCCGCUCGCGACGCCGACGCUGCACUUCAUCGGGAGCCUCGACACCGUCGUCGACGAGUCGCGCAGCCGCGCCCUGGUCGCGCGCUGCAGGGACCCCGUCGUGGUCGAGCACCCGGGCGCCCACUACGUGCCCAUCAGCAAGGAGUGGGCCAUGCCGCUGCUGGGCUUCGUCAAGAAGCGGUGCGUCGACGACGAGCAGCCCGCCGCCGCCGUCGCCGCCGCCGAGGCGAACUUGUGACGAGACUGGGAGGAUGUGGGAAGGAACAGGGACUUGGGCGGUGCGAGGGGUGCCGAAAGGUCGAGUUGGGAAAGAGACAUGCGCAGCACUGGAAUAGACGAUAGACAAGACGCUUUCGUUGCCGUUGGCUAUUUCUCACGCUUUCCAAGGCCAAUCACUUUGAGCGACGACAACGUACUGAACGUCGAUUGAUUGACAAGGAGCAGGAGCUGGACUGUUGGUCGUCCACAAGGAAUAAAAACAAGCCCAGAUAAAGGCACAGGAGGCACGUGGUAGUACUCGCCAUAUAUGGAAUAUAAAUGCCUACUCUCAAAAUCACAGUAACAAACAGUGUGCAGUCA